AUGCCAUCGGCUCGACUAACCCUCCGCGAAGAGGACGUCGUCCGAUUGGCUCUCGAAUUCCUCUACAAUCGCCAGUUACACAUCUCCCAAUUGAGCCUCGAAAGAGAAACGGGCGUUAUCAACGGUAACUACUCGGACGACGUUCUAUUCUUACGACAACUCAUCCUCGACGGACAAUGGGACGACGUGCUGGAGUUCAUACAACCCUUGGAGGCGUUGAAGUCCUUCAACAUGAAAAAGUUCAACUACACCAUUUUAAAGCACAAGUAUAUCGAGUUGUUGUGUAUCAAGUCGGAGGCGAAUAUUCAAGGUAACAGCAUGGAUAACGCCGUAGAAGAAGUAGUUAGCAUACUAAACGAAUUAGAAAAAUACUCUGCAUCGAAAGAAGAAUACUCGACGAUGUGUCUACUACUCACACUUCCCCGAUUAUCGGAUCAUUUACAGUACAAAGACUGGAACCCAAGUAACGCUAGAGUGCAAUGUUUCCGAGAGGUCUAUCCAUUGGUGGCCGAAUAUUUACUGGGCGAUAAGAAACCCACUGACGGAAAUGCUAAUUCUAGCGCCCAAAACGACAGACUGAUUCAACUCAUUAUUAAAGGUAUACUCUACGAAUCUUGUGUUAAUUACUGCCAAGCCAAAGCGACGGGUAGCACCGACUCACAAUCACAAGACAUGAAUUUCAGUAAAUUAUUAGACGGAAGUGUAGGUUUUAGUGAUUCAGAUUUAAGUUUACUUUCGUGGUUGCAAAGCGUCCCCUCAGAAACAUUUUCUGUCCCAUUCGAACAACGUACCCUUAACGUCGACGUCGAGCGGUUGGAAAGACCUAGUUUGGAGACUUCCUGGACGGAACAUAUGCUGAUAACGCCCAUCAAGCCAAAAACUUUUCCUCAUUCUGCGAUGCCCUUCACGAGACCUCGGUCGGCGGCCGAUAUUAUGUCGCGGUCGUUGAUGCUGCCAAUGGGAGAUGGGCUACAGUUCGCACAAAACAAUAAUAUGUCCACGUCUGCCAGGAUGAUGGUCUUAAGCACUGGUGAUAUUGGCUUGAAUAGGCCUAUGUCGAGGAGUAGUUUUGCUAGCUUUCAUUUGACUGGUUUAAAGAAUAGUAGAAACAUGAACGCCUCCGUUGACCGAUUGUUUGAGAACGAGGGCGACGUUUUUCUGAGCAACAGUUACGGAGACUUCCAACAGCACAUGCCAUCGAUACAAGAACAAACCAGCACGCCAAAACCGAGUGCCAACAAUACUCUACCAAGCUGCCCGAAAAAUCCUAUCGUUGAUAGAAAAUCGAAUACCUCAACGCCGGAACCCAAAGACAGAGAUAGCCCUGCUCCUACUGGACCUGAAAUGACACCUCGACCAGACUACUAUGACAGUAGAACAGCAGCACAACCCGUGAUAUUCAGUUCCUGUGCCGCUGCAAAUACGGAAGCAGGUGCAAUUCAACCAAUUGAUCACAAUUAUUCUGGAGAAUUAGUUAGGGAAUUUCAUAGAACAAAGCAGAAACUACAAGAGGAGCUCAUACAGCGGGAAAAGGAACGGGAAGAACUAAUUAAGCAAAUAAACAGUGAUAAUCAGAAAUUUAGUGGAGGAGAUAGCAAACAAGGUGCUAGCGGUGCGAAUAUCAACAAUCAAGGUAUACACCACCUCGACGCCAGUGUCAACCAUCCAAAUUUAUCUAAUGGUAACUUAGUGACUAGAGGGAAACCACCAACGACGAAGCCUUUGAACGGAACGAACCUAUCCAGUUAUAGGGGUUCGUUAGAAGAUACUACCUUACGACAUGUAAUAGAAGAUCAGCCUGUACCUCAUACUCCUCCUCACGGUUCCCCAAGACAAGACCAAGACAACGGCAUUGAAAGCCAGAGGCCUAAAUUCGUUGCCGUGACCACAUUGGAAGACGUCCAAGCUGUAAGAUGUGCCGAAUUCCAUCCGGGAGGACAACUGUACGCCGUGGGUUCCAAUUCGAAAACCCUAAGAAUAUGUGCACAUCCGAAACUUUUAGACGUCAGGGAAGACCACGAAACCUACCAGCCAACAGUGCUCUUCAAACGAACCAAACACCACAAAGGUUCCAUCUACUGUCUAGCAUGGUCUCCAAUCGGCGACCUGAUGGCUACCGGAUCCAACGACAAGACAGUCAAACUGAUGCGAUUCAACGCCGAUACCAACAAUUUGGAAGGUGACGAAAUCGAGCUAACCAUGCACGAUGGCACCAUAAGAGAUCUGUGUUUCUUAGAGGAUCAAUCCAAUAAAUCGAGUCUAUUAAUCAGCGGUGGUGCUGGAGAUUGUAAGAUUUAUGUUACUGAUUGUGCUACUGGAACCCCAUUCCAGGCUCUUAGCGGACACACUGGUCACAUUUUAUCCCUAUACACAUGGGGAGGUGCUAUGUUUGUAAGUGGUUCUCAUGACAAGACAGUCCGUUUUUGGGAUCUCAGAACAAGAGGUUGUGUCAACGUUGUGACCCCAAUUACGGUACCGGGUAGUAGACAAGGUGCACCGGUUUCUACUCUUUGUGUGGAUCCUUCUGGUCGACUUCUCGUUUCAGGACAUGAAGACAGCUCCUGCGUAUUAUACGAUAUCAGAGGCGGAAGAAAUGUGCAGUGUUUCAAGCCUCAUUCCUCCGACGUCAGAUCAAUUAGAUUUUCUCCAUCGGCUUAUUACCUGCUGUCUGCUGGGUACGACAACAAAUUGGUGCUGACAGAUUUACAAGGAGACCUCACUUUACCUUUACCUAGCGUCGUAGUGGCUCAACAUCAAGACAAAGUAAUCUCAGGCCGCUGGCAUCCUGCAGAGUUCUCGUUCUUAUCCACAUCUGCCGAUAAGACGGCGACCUUAUGGGCUUUACCUCCAGUUUAA